AAUGAAAGAAAGUCUAAACUGACACAACAUGUAUUUUCUGCGCAAUCCUUAGAAUUUUCAAAGUAGAAAAACCACAUCACUGUAAUUCAGAAGGGAUGGACUAGAAUACUUUACAUGGCAAUGAGACAGACAAACCUCGCAGUCCCAGGUCAAAGCCUCAACCUCAAAGCCAAAACCAAACUGAAACCAAACUCUUACAAAUUCUACUCUGCUUCUUGUGUGAGGGAACAAGUUUCCUUUGCUGCUGAAACUGCAACUGGGUUUUUCUCCAUUUUCAUGGAUCCAUUCUUUCCGUCUUGCUCAGAUUUAGGCCUUUGAAAUUGAAUUGGAGUGGGCAGUGGGGUAUGGAAGCAUUCCUUGAUCAGAAGGCUUUGGAAAUUUCUGCUACUCCUCUGCCAACAUUAAUUGGUGUUAUUGUUUCAUGGGAAGAAAAGGGGUAUUGUUACCUUGCCUAAAUUUUGCUGUGAGAUGAUGGUUCUAGAUAUGCUCACUUCUGGUCCUACCUCAACUGCCAUUUCUCAAAUUAUAGAGACCAUUGGUGAGUUCGUAAGCCAUGCCGAUAAUGUCCUUGUGAACAAGGAUAGUUUUAAUGAACUUGCAGCUUACAUGGAAAGAAUUACGCCCAUCUUAAAAGAAUUGAGGAAAGAAAAAGUCAGUAAUUCUGAGACAUUCAACCAUGCCAUUGAGGUUAUGAGCCGAGAAAUUAAAGAUGCAAAGCAACUGGCUCAAGAAUGCAGCGAGAAGAGCAAGUUUUAUCUCCUAGUGAAUUGCAGGUCCAUUGUUGUGCGCUUAGAAAAACACACAAAGGAGCUGAGCAAGGCUAUUGCUCUUCUUCCUUUAGCCACAACCGGUCUUUCUUCAGGAAUAAUGGAAGAAAUUGAAAAGCUGCGUGAAAAUAUGCAGACAGCUGGGUUUAAGGCAGCUUUAGCAGAAGAAGAGAUUUUAGAGAAAAUUGAGUCAGGGAUAAGGGAAAACAAUGUUGAUCGUUUGUAUGCCAAUAACUUGGUGAUCCUCAUUUCAGAGGCUCUCGGGAUUACAAAUCAGAGGUCAACACUGAAGAUAGAACUUGAAGAGUUUAAGAAAGAAAUUGAAAAUGCCCGUGUUGAGAAGGAAUUGUUUGAAGCUAGGCAAAUGGAUCAGAUCAUUGCUUUGUUGGAAAGGGCUGAUGUAGCCUCAUCACCUAGGGAAAGGCAACUCAAACACUUGGCCAAACGCCAAUCUUUGGGUAGUCAAAUCUUGGAGCCUUUACAGUCAUUUUAUUGUCCCAUCACCCAUGAUGUUAUGGUGGACCCUGUCGAAACUUCAUCAGCGCACACGUUUGAGAGAAGUGCAAUAGAGAAGUGGGUUGCAGAAGGAAACAAAUUGUGUCCUCUGACCUUGAUUCCUCUAGACAUAUCAAUUUUGAGACCUAACAAAACUUUGAAACAAUCCAUAGAAGAAUGGAAGGAUAGAAAUACAAUCAUUAAAAUUGGUGCAUUAAAAGAAAAAAUCCAGUCCGGAGAUGAUGUGCUGGAUGAUCUGGGAACUCUAAAGGAGUUGUGUGAACAAAAAGACCAACACAGGGAAUGGGUAAUACUGGAGAAUUACAUACCAGUUCUUAUCCAAAUUCUUGGUUCAAGAAACCGUGAAAUAAGGAAUCUUGCUCUUGCCAUUCUUUACUCGCUGGCAAAGGAUAAUGAAGAAGCUAAGGAAAAAAUUGCAGCUGUUGAUAAUGCAAUUGAAUCCAUUGUCCCCUCCCUUGGACGUCGUCCAGGGGAAAGGAAGAUAGCAGUAACAUUAUUGCUCGAAUUGUCCAAAUGUGAUUUGGCACGAGAACACAUUGGAAAAGUUCAAGGUUGCAUACUGCUAUUGGUGACUAUGUCUAGCGGAGAUGACAAUCAAGCUGCCAAAGAUGCGACAGAGCUAUUGGAGAAUCUUUCUUACUCUGAUCAAAAUGUUAUACAAAUGGCAAAGGCAAAUUAUUUCAAGCAUUUAUUGCAGCGUCUCUCCACAGGACCAGAUGAUGUCAAGAUGAUUAUGGCUAAAACUUUAGCAGAAAUGGAGUUAACAGACCACAAUAAGGAGUUGUUGUUUGAUUGCGGUGUACUGACUCCACUUCUUCACUUGUUCUCUCAUAACGAUCUUCAGGUGAAAACAGAGGCCACUAAAGCUCUUAGGAAUCUAUCAAGUUUAAAGAAAAAUGGACUAGAGAUGAUUAGACAAGGGGCUGGACGACCGUUGCUUGGCCUCCUUUUCCUUCACAACAUGCACACCUCAAGUUUGUGGGAAGAUGUAGCAGCCAUAGUUAUGCAACUUGCUGCAUCAGCAAUCUCUCAAGAUGCCCAAGCACCAGUUUCAUUACUAGAAUCUGAUGAAGAUGUUUUUAACCUCUUUUGUUUAAUUAGGGUCACACUGCCUGAGGUGCAACAAAAAAUUAUCCUGACCUUUUAUAUAUUGUGUCAGUCACCCUUGGCUUCAUAUAUCAGGACCAAGCUGAAUGAGUGCCCAGCUAUACCAGACUUGGUUCGGUUGUGGGAGAAUGAAAAUCUAAACCUACGAGCAAGUGCUGUAAAGUUAUUAUCUUGCUUGGUGGAAAGUUGUGAUGAAGCCAUCAUAGUGGAGAUUGUUGAUCAGAAGUGCAUUGAUACUUUAAUCAGGAUCCUUAAAUCUUCAUCAGAUGAAGAGGAAAUACAUUCUGCUAUGGGAAUAAUAUGUUAUAUUCCAGAAAUUGACCAGAUAACACAAUGGCUUCUGGAUGCCGGUGCCCUGCCAAUCAUUUACAGGCAUGUCAAAGAUGGGAGAGACAGAGAUCUUCAGAGGAGUAAAUUAGUGGAGAAUGCCACUGGUGCCCUUUGUCGUUUUACAGUUCCAACAAACUUGGAGUGGCAAAAGACUGCAGCUGAAACUGGGAUCAUAACUGUUUUAGUGCAGUUGCUUGAAAACGGAACUACCUUAACAAAACAACGCGCAGCUUUGUCUCUUGCUCAAUUUUCUGAAAGUUCACUCAGGCUCAGCACGCCAAUACCGAAGCGCAAAGGACUAUGUUGCUUCUCAGCUCCAGCAGAAAUUGGCUGCAGAGUUCAUGGAGGAAAAUGCACAGUCAACUCAUCAUUUUGCCUUUUGGAGGCCGAAGCUGUGGGACCGCUUACAAGGAUUCUUGGGGAGUCUGAUCCUGGGGUUUGUGAGGCUUCUUUGGAUGCUCUAUUAACAUUAAUUGAGGGUGAAAGACUACUGAGUGGCAGUAAAGUGCUUGCUGACGCAAAGGCUAUACCGCUAAUAAUAAAAUUUCUGGUUUCUACCUCCUCUGGGUUGCAAGAGAAGUCUCUACAAGCAUUGGAAAGGAUUUUCCAGCUAUUGGAGUUCAGACAGAUGUAUGGAGCCUCAGCUCAAAUGCCUCUAGUUGACUUAACUCAGCGGGGUAGUGGUAGUGUGAGAUCCAUUUCAGCUAGGAUAUUGGCACACUUGAACGUGCUUCAGGAUCAAUCUUCAUAUUUCUGAAGAAAAAUGUUUGUUCAAGUUCAUGAAUUUAGGUGCUAACCAUGCGGAGUAACCUCAAAAUGCUUUGACUGUGAAUGACAUCAAUGAUUGCAAACUACACUCAUGGACUGGAAAUGGGGCCUUUGCUUUUUCCUCAGAGCGAAAGCAGGAUGUGGUUUCAUCUGCUGGGAGAAUCCAUCAUGAAUUCAUGAUGUCUCUCAGUAAACAUGUGAUAGAAUUUUUUUGGAAACUUUGCAUCUGGCUUUUUCUCAUGGAGAAUUGCUUUAGCUCUUCGAUGUUCAGGUUGAGCUGUUUGCGUAUAAAGGCAGGAACACCAUUGGACAUGCAGGGACAUUGUUAAGGCUUAUAUGAAACGCCUCAGAUAGCUUGUAUAUUUGUAUUGUGUUAUAGUUUGUGUUACAGAGAGUGAAAUAAAAGACCCUUUCUCGAAGAAUUGUAUUCUUUGGUAUUUGAACUCAUUGUGAUUUUUUUUACAUAGUGAAAAAGGUAAAUAGAUAUUGGACAAGACUCAUGGCAUUGUUAUGA